AUGUCGCUGACCGUGAAAAUUGUGAUUCUUUUGGCGUUUUGCGCCGUCGUUUCCUCGAGAACUAUUGGGAAACGUUGUAAGUUUUUUAGGUGCUUUAUUUUUUCAUUAUUAAACUUUAUAUGUAUGAAAAUCUGAGCUUUUUGUAGUACUGAACGCCCCACAUAAAAAUCUGAUUAAUCGAAAAAAAAUUUUCAGAUAAAUCGAGAGCGAUUGAAACCAAAGCAGGGGAAGGUCAGUUUGAUGAAGGUGGGUUAUAUCAUUUUUUGAAAAAAAAAUUGGUCGCAUUUGGAAUGAUUCUCUACGAAAGAAGGGCUAAGCGUGACGUCAUUCCAUCUUUUUUUCCACUUCCGAGGAUCAUAACUUUGUUCAGAGACCUCCAGGAAGAUUUUUGAGGUCAUUUUCAGAAUCAGCGCGAAAAAGUUGCAUCUGGUGGUCUUAGUAUCAUUAAAAUGAGUAUUUAAGCAAAGUGUACCGACCUGAAACGACUUGCGCUUUUUGGCAUUGAAAACUCUUGAACCGCGACGCGUUGAGCCAUUCCAAUUGCGACCAUAGAUUUUUCAAACAGAAAAUUAGUGAGAUUUACAGAAAAAGUGAAACAACUCGAGGCAGAGCUGAAAAAAGCCCAAGUCGCGGAAGCUUCAACCAAAGCCGUCAUUGACUUUUUCAACUUAUGGCUUGUAUGUCGCAAAUCUGCAAUAUCGAUACAAAAAAACGUGGAUUUCAGGAAAAAUUCAAGGCGUCGAAAAUGACCGAGGACGACUUCAAGAAAAAGCACGAAAAAGAAAUUGCAGAAGAAUUCAAGAAGAUUUACAUGAAGUUCACUGCUUUUGACGCGGUUUCCUUCUUUUUUUCGGCUUGUUAUGAUAGAUCCUUCGAUUUCAGAUCAGAGUCGCUGACGCUCUCAAUAAGACGAUGCCCGAAAAGAAGAAGCCCUGA